AUGGUUUCAAUGGUGGCCACCAGCCAGGAUAAUGUAUUGGAUUCAGGUGACCUUGUCAGGGAGCAGGAUGAGCAUAAGGAGAAGUGUGAGACUCUUGAGCGGGAGAAUUCCACUACUGAGAAGGAAUUGGUUGAGCUAUGCAUAAAGGCCAAGCUUGUUGAUUCUCUUCAAGAGAAGGUGGAUCGAUAUGGCUCUCUGCCUACUUUGGCGGCUCAUGUAGAAAAGUUGAAGGUUUCUCUUAUCGAGGGAGAUGAUCGUUGGAAAAAGGCCUCUGAAGCUACCGGCCGAGAUCAGACACUGUUGCAUGCGCGAGGAUUCUAUCUUGGAAUUUUCUUCAUUGCUGACCAACUAGAUCCUUUCCAAGUUGUUCCUAGAGAUAAUGUCAGGGGUGAUCCUAGUGUGUCAGAUUCGGCAAGAGAUGUUUGA